AUGAAGCUGGGAAAGGUGAAAGUGCAAAAAACGUCUGCUUUUGGCGACGAUUCGGACGAGUCCACAGAGGAGUCUUCGAAACAGUAUGUUCGUAAGGACAGGUCUGAUUUGGACUCGUCAGAGUUCCAGUACGACGAAGUGUACGAGUCUUUUAAACAGCCAGUGCAGUCCAAACAACCUGCCUCCAAUUCGCCUAAAAAACCAAAAUACAUCGCCAAGCUAUUGGAGAGUCGCAAAUUACGUGAAAUGGAACAUCUGCAACAGCAGCAGGACCGUAUCGACCGCCAAAACCAGGACUCAGAGUCCACCGAGGUUUUUAUUUCACAGUCUUAUAAAGAAUUCAAGGAGCAGGUGGCUGAAAAGCUUGGGAAAUCCACAUCCAUCAAACAAACUGUUGUUGGAGCCCCAAUUCAUCACGAGCCAGUUGAAUCCGUCGAUGGAACUCCAUCAAAGGUUCAAUCCUCCGUCGAAAAAGCCAUUAAAGAUCUAAUCGUCUCGAAAAUCACUCCGCAGGAACUAGAGGACUACAAAAAGCGGUACUUUGACCGCCUACACAACCAUAAUCAAACAUAUGCAUCAUAA